AUGGUCGUCUUUGGAUUUGGUAUAGUUACCGCGGCAAAAUUUGAAGCUACAGAGUUAUUAGCUCCUCCAGAAAGACCAACAUCUAUUUCUAGCAUCGAGGAACUAAGGCGAUAUAUUCAGGAAUUGAAUAUGUAUUAUCUGAUACUGGCUCGACCAAGAAAAGAUUGUCCAACAGUUAUACCACACCAAGAAUUCAGGCUCUCCUUACUUCUACCAGCGGCUAUUUGCACAUUGAUUUUGGCGUUUUUAACUCGACGAACUAAGCAAAAACUGCACCUGUUAAAUGGAAGACCAGGACUUGUAUUCCCCAUGGAUAUUCUAAAGAGGUCUCACAGGUUUUCCUAUGCUGCAGCAUUUGGGACUCUUGCCCGUCUUUGCUCCGAUAUAGUGUUUGAAGCUAAAUAUGCAUUCAACUACGACGGUCCCACAUACUUGAAAGUGUUCAUUGCACUUACCUCGAUGUUAAUAUAUGGUCUUGGUUACUAUCCUUUGUUUGCCGGAAUCACAGCAGAGAGUCCCAUAGGAUACUUAAUUGCUACAUUGUUUGCAUGGACGUUCACAGCUAAUUUUUUCGCCAACUCUUUCUGUGAACAGAAUUUGGAUGUUUCCUAUUUUAUUCUGAUUGUCAUGUUGUUACCAGAAAUCGUCUGCUACCUGUAUCUUAGCUUCAGUCUUCCCGCCAGAUUCGUCUUAUCUAUUGUUAAACCAAAGAAAAAAACCAAACUUGCUGUUGACUUUGAAAGCAGUGAAGAUCUAUAUGAAUCAAUCCUAAAAUCCUACCAAGGCAACCAUGUUCGAAAAUUGUUCAGAAAACCAGAGCCUCCUUCCCCACCGCCUGAAGGGAAAAAGAACAAAAUAAUCUCUCUCCUGAAAACACUAUCUCAGAAAAUAUUCUACAGACGUAAGAAAGGAUUCCGAUAUUCAGCUAGGAUGAUGUCAGUAAUAUCUGUAGGAUUUGUAUUACUCUAUACAGUUUUUUUAGAGUUAUUCCUUGGACUCUACCAAGUCUUCGAAUUUUUGGAGGAUGGAUUGAUUGCUCAAUUUAAUGUCAUAGGAUGGGAUCCACAACCAGGAGAAACGGAGGGUGUAGGAAUUAUACGAGACGGAUUAUACUUUGCUUAUUAUUUCGUCAUAUCAUUUGGAGGUUGUUUCCUUGCAUCUCUGACGGUUGCGUUUCUUAUCAACACGGUCUUUCUGUUUCAUUAUUUGACAUCUUAUAGGAAGUAUUUACUUUCGUUGUAUAAAGGAAAACCUAAACAUCUAACACCUAAAAGUGAAAAAUCCAAUGCAAGUCUUAUGGUUGGAAGCGUGCGGUAUGCUGGUUAUCAGGUGGGAUACAUAGGAUGGGGAUUUUUCAUCCAAUUUCUGGUUCUCUUGCUCGUUUCAAUUACAAUAGCAACAAUAAUAACUAUAUGGGACCUUAUUAGUGACUUCAUUAUAUCAUGGAUCAUGGCACUUUGGCCUGUGUUACUGACGUCAUUGGUGCUAAACUUUGUGCAGCUUUUGCUAUCUAAGUUCCUCUUCCUACAAGAAAAUGGCAACAUAUUAGCUAUGGAGAAUAGACGACUGUUCUUCAUUUUUACCUACUUCAUGUUCUUCUAUAACGUCUUCAUUGGUCUCAUCUCCUGCUUAAUGAGGAUCAUUAAGUCCAUCAUUCUAGGCGCCCUCUUCCUCCCACGUCUUGACCAUAGCGUGCUGCCCAGAAAAUUCCAGCAAUUUGACCCAGGGUUUGAUGCAUACUGUGGUUUUAUGCAUAUUGAGAGUACACACACAAAUCCGGUUGCUAUGGUUUUCAUCAGUAUAUUGCAAGCAGAAUCACUGACGUCAUUAAAAAGAAAGAAAAUGAAUGACAUUGAUGCGAUACCUAUGGACGAAAAAGAGGAAAUGAUACAGAAAAAACGACGAAAGGCGAGGUGGAAGUGGCUACUUGCUUUCACCCUGGUAAAUAACCCCGAACUCUCGCUACAACGAAGACUCACUCUGGCAAAAGAGCGCAACGAAAAUGUCAAGGAAAUUCUUUUCUCUUCGUAUGCGGUACCUAUUGAGCACGGAAGUAUUGACACUAAAUUUUAA